AAUAAGAACUAUAUAUACACUCUAAACAAAUUUAUAUCGGAAAGUGUCAAUUAGUUCUUAAAAUAUUGUUAAAUAUGAUGACGGCAUCCGAGACAGCUUCGUCGGGAACGGAAAGAGGCCAGCGCGGUGUUAGUCGUGUCUUGGCCAAAUUAGAUAGUUCCAUUGAGGCGGGCAACUAUUAUGAAGCCCACCAAAUGUAUCGUACAUUGUAUUUUCGUUACACAGCUCAGCGAAAAUAUGACGACUGUUUGGAGUUACUCUACAAAGGGUCAAUGAAAUUGAUUGCUAAGCAACAAGAAACAAGUGCUGCGGAUUUGGGUUUAUUAAUAUUAGAUACUUUGGAAAAAAGAGGUAAUUGCAAGGAUGGCGACCUAUGGAUAGAGCGUAUUGGUAACUUGAUAACACGAUUAAGUCCUACAACUGUUGAACGUGACACUAUAAUAAAUCGUUCCAUUAAGUGGAGUUCAGAAAUAUCUGGUAAUUAUCCUGGUGAUCCAACUCUGUAUAAAAUACUAGCUCAAGUGUAUUGGGCUGAAGGCAAUACAGAAUUAGCUAGACGCUAUUACAUGUUAUGUCGGGAUGGCAAUCUUUGUGGACGUAUAUUAAUAAAAAUCAAUGAAAUGAAAGGCUUUAAUAGCGAAGUGGAUCUAUUCAUAUUACAGGCAGUUUUACAGCAAAUCAGUGUAAAUGAUCGUAAAACAGCUGAAGAUACUUUCACCACAUACACCCGGUAUCAUCCCAAAAUAAACCGCAAGGAGGCUCCCUUUAAGAAGCCCCUUUUAAAUUUCGUUCAUUUUUUGUUUCGUCUAAUGGACACUAAGAAUCUAGAAGCUUUCCGUUCGUUGUGUACACUAUAUAAAACAGAACUGGACCGUGAUGCAGCCUUCGAAAAAUAUUUAGCCAAGAUUGGUGUACAACAUUUUGGAGCUAAUGCCCCUGCGUCACCGUCUGAUAAUCGAUUCGGUGGCAUGUUCGGUGAUGUUAUAUCUCGUCUACUUCAGGGAAUAGAUGAUGACGACGAUGAAGAGCAGGGUGAACGUGGGCAUGGAGAUGGAGCUCAUGCCUUGGACUGACAAGCAAGUCCAGUCUGGUGGGAGUAGAAAAUAUUAAAUGUUGCUAAUUUUAUAAAAGUUUGUAUUUUUAAUUUUUGCCACAUAAUAAUUAUUUUUUUUUUAUUUGGUAAUAUCUAA